GGAAGUGGGCUGAUGAGUGAGUGUGGAGAGAAAAGGAGGUCGCGCGGGAGCUAAGGAGGGAACGGAAACGCCUCUUCGGCUGCAGUUUUAUUAGUAUUUUUAAGAUAUAUUUGUAUUGGAAUUUAUUUUCGUAAAGAAAAAACGAGGAGAAGAAAAAAGUCGGAAUAUUUCCCAGAAAAGAAGGAAAGAAAUAAAAAUCAGUUCCGUCUCCUCAGAUAUCGGCGAAGGCUAGCUCGCGCUCUCGGCUAGCUAGGCUAGGCUAAGCUGAGCGUCCGUGUGGUAACUUUCAAGGGUGUAUAAAUCGAUUAUUUUGUCUUUCUUAGGGAAAUUAAUGAAAGUCUAAUAGCUAUAUUCGUAUAAAUACAAGUUAGAAAUUAACUAGCAAAUUCGCACGAUUAUCGCCGAUACACUUUUUUUUCCUCCCUCUCACGUUCUCGCGCGCGGGGCGGAUUGUAAAAGGCUCUGAUUGAUUUAUUUUGGGAGUCCAGCUGCAUUACGAAUCCAAAAGUCUCCUCUCAGAUUUAAAAUCAAAAAGUAAAUACAAUCAAAAAAUGGCCGGAGUGAACAGCGUGGAAGCGGUGAAGCGCAAGAUUAAAGUUCUCCAGCAACAGGCGGAUGAAGCCGAGGAGAGAGCCGAGGUCCUGCAGAGGCAGGUUGAAGAGGAGAAGCGCUGCAAGGAGCAGGCUGAGGCGGACGUCGCUUCUCUGAACAGGCGCAUCCAGCUGGUCGAGGAGGAAUUGGAUCGAGCUCAGGAGAGACUCGCGACGGCUUUACAGAAACUGGAGGAGGCAGAGAAGGCUGCAGACGAGAGUGAGAGGGGCAUGAAGGUGAUUGAGAACAGGGCCCUGAAAGAUGAGGAAAAGAUGGAGCUGCAGGAGGGCCAGCUGAAAGAGGCUAAGCACAUUGCAGAGGAAGCUGACCGCAAAUACGAGGAGGUGGCUCGUAAGCUUAUCAUCAUCGAGGGUGAUUUGGAGCGCACAGAGGAGCGAGCAGAAGUUGCUGAGGCCAAUAGACGCCGAUUGGAGGAUCUGCUGAGGAAUUACGACCAAACGCUGAAGAGUCUGCAGGCAGCUGAAGACAAGUAUUCCCAUAAAGAGGACAAGUACGAGGAAGAGAUCAAGAUUCUCACGGAUAAGCUGAAGGAGGCUGAGACUCGUGCUGAAUUUGGUGAACGAUCAGUUACCAAACUUGAGAAAACAAUCGACGAUUUGGAAGAGAGGCUCGCUGCAGCUAAAGAGGAGAACAUCAAGAUCCACGCCACGCUGGACGCCACUCUGCAAGAUCUCAACAACUUCUAAAAUCUGCACCGCCCUCUCUUCUCCCUUCCUUUCCUCACCCUACCUUUCUACCCACUUUACCCCCUUUUAGUUAUUGCUGGGUGGCUGAACAAGGGCAAGUUGCUCCUUUUUUUUUUUUUUUUUUUUUUGGUGUAGGUAGCACUUUAGCUUCAUUCCUCACAUGCCAGCCCACAGUAUUUACCUGGUUUCUCUUACUUUUGUCAUGUAUCUAUCUAUCUAUUUUUUUUUUUUUUUCCCCCUGUAGGCUCACCCGUUUUCUUUAAACGAGACUGCAUAUGAUGAUGCACCAUUGCCUGCAAUUUGAUUCAUUCCUGUAAUUAUGUGCGAUUAGAUAAUAAGGGUGAUCUCUAUUUUUGUCGGAUGUCUGUGUUCUGAUUGGUUUACUAGUCUCACAGUGCAAUAUUACCACACAGUACAGUAUAAAGAAUUGGAAAGGUUGCAGUGCAAAAUGACUCUUCAUACAUGACUUUUUCUUUUUUUUUCUUUUUUGUAACCGCUGAAUGAUUUCUCUGCCCCGUUUGUUUUAACACUGUUCAUUAUAACGAAUGUUUGCAUUUUACCGUGCCAAUGCCUUGCGGGACCAUUCUAUAUCGUAUCGUACUAUCAGCUGUGCGGUUUCUUUCUUUUUUUUUUUUUUUGCUUCAAAAAGUUCAGUUAAAGCCCUUUACUAAUUAUGCUGAAUCAUCUCUUUCGAAAUAGUGUCAUCUUCUCUUGAACCAAACGAACAUGACCGACUAUAAACGGUUUACAUUCAACCUUUUUUCCAUUUGUUUAAGGUGUAGAGCAUCAAACACUAGGCACCAGGUUUGAGUUUGGUCUGAGGCGAGGGAAAUAAAAAUGCAGUUAAACCAGCCUUUCUUUCGAACGCGGCCGGCUCCUUCGUCUUUUCCCCUCAAGGUUGCGACCGAAUUGGAGGCGGAGAGACGGGACGUCACAUUUCCACUGCCAAAAUCGAGGUGAAAAAGGGUCAAGAGAGAUUGAGGAAGAGAAUAGGGGGAAUAGUUGAAGGUAUUAUCUGAGCAUCUCUUCAGUGUACUGUCUAUACCAUGUACACAUCUCGAGUGAAUUAAAUACUUCAAAGCACCAAGAACCUUUUUAACUGGAAUUGCAAAAUUUAAGAUGUAAACAUUUUGCUAUCAGUGUUUCAUUGUAAUAAUGACACAAUCAAUUUUUUUUUUAAAUAAAGAACUAUAACACUUAA